GGCGCCCCGGGACUCCCCCUGCGGGCCGGGCGGAGGAAGAGGCGGAGGAGGAAGAAGAGGACGUGGACCCCUCUACCCAGAACACCUGGCCGCUCUGCUGCCACUUUUACAGAGGGAGGAGAGGACAGCCAGCGAGAGCCAUGGGGGGCUGCGAAGUACGAGAAUUUCUUUGGCAAUUUGGUUUCUUUUUGCCGCUGAUGACAGCUUGGCCGGGCUGCUGUAGUCACGUCUCCAACAACCAAGUUGUGUUGCUUGAUACAACUACUGUGCUGGGAGAGCUGGGAUGGAAAACAUAUCCAUUAAAUGGGUGGGAUGCCAUCACCGAGAUGGAUGAACACAACAGGCCCAUUCAUACAUACCAGGUGUGCAAUGUGAUGGAACCAAACCAAAACAACUGGCUACGUACGAACUGGAUAUCCCGUGAUGCAGCCCAGAAAAUUUAUGUUGAAAUGAAGUUCACACUGAGAGACUGUAACAGCAUCCCAUGGGUCUUGGGAACUUGCAAAGAAACAUUUAACCUGUAUUAUAUGGAAUCAGAUGAGUCCCAUGGAAUUAAGUUUAAGCCAAGCCAGUAUUCAAAGAUUGACACAAUUGCUGCUGAUGAGAGUUUUACCCAGAUGGAUUUGGGUGAUCGCAUCCUCAAACUGAACACUGAAAUUCGUGAAGUGGGACCUGUAGAAAGAAAAGGAUUUUAUCUUGCAUUUCAAGACAUUGGGGCAUGCAUUGCCCUGGUUUCAGUCCGUGUUUUCUACAAAAAGUGUCCCUUCACUGUUCGAAACUUGGCCAUGUUUCCUGAUACUAUACCAAGGGUUGAUUCUUCCUCUUUGGUUGAAGUGAGAGGGUCCUGUGUGAAGAGUGCUGAAGAGCGUGAUACUCCUAAGCUAUAUUGUGGAGCUGAUGGGGAUUGGCUGGUUCCACUUGGAAGGUGCAUCUGCAGUACAGGAUAUGAAGAAAUUGAGGGUUCCUGUCACGCUUGCAGACCAGGAUUCUAUAAAGCAUUUGCUGGAAACACAAAGUGUUCUAAAUGCCCUCCACACAGUUUAACCUACAUGGAAGCCACUUCUGUCUGUCAGUGUGAUAAGGGUUACUUCAGAGCUGAAAAAGACCCACCUUCUAUGGCAUGUACCAGACCACCUUCAGCUCCUAGGAAUGUGAUUUUUAACAUCAAUGAAACAGCCCUUAUUUUGGAGUGGAGCCCACCAAGUGACACAGGAGGGAGAAAAGACCUCACAUACAGUAUAAUCUGUAAGAAAUGUGGCUUAGACCCAAGCCAGUGUGAGGACUGUGGUGGAGGACUCCGCUUCAUUCCAAGACACACUGGCCUGAUCAACAAUUCCGUGAUAGUACUUGACUUCGUGUCUCAUGUUAAUUAUACCUUUGAAAUUGAAGCCAUGAAUGGAGUUUCCGAAUUGAGUUUUUCUCCCAAGCCAUUCACAGCUAUUACAGUGACCACAGAUCAAGAUGCACCAUCUCUGAUAGGUAUGGUAAGGAAGGACUGGGCAUCCCAAAAUAGCAUUGCCCUAUCAUGGCAAGCACCUGCUUUUUCCAAUGGAGCAAUUCUGGACUACGAGAUCAAGUACUAUGAGAAAGAGCAUGAUCAGCUCACCUAUUCCUCCACAAGGUCCAAGGCCCCCAGUGUCAUCAUCACGGGUCUCAAGCCAGCCACCAAAUACAUAUUUCAUAUCCGAGUGAGGACUGCAACAGGAUACAGUGGCUACAGUCAGAAGUUUGAAUUUGAAACAGGAGAUGAAACUUCUGACAUGGCGGCAGAACAAGGGCAGAUUCUCGUGAUAGCCACUGCAGCCGUUGGGGGAUUCACUCUCCUCGUCAUCCUCACUUUGUUCUUCUUAAUCACUGGGAGGUGUCAAUGGUAUAUAAAGGCCAAAAUGAAGUCAGAAGAGAAAAGAAGAAACCACUUACAGAAUGGACACUUACGCUUCCCAGGAAUUAAAACUUACAUUGAUCCUGAUACCUAUGAAGAUCCAUCCCUAGCAGUCCAUGAAUUUGCCAAAGAGAUUGACCCUUCAAGAAUUCGUAUUGAAAGAGUCAUUGGGGCAGGUGAAUUUGGAGAAGUCUGCAGUGGGCGUUUGAAGACACCAGGGAAAAGAGAAAUCCCAGUUGCCAUUAAAACUUUGAAAGGUGGCCACAUGGAUCGACAAAGAAGAGAUUUUCUAAGAGAAGCGAGCAUCAUGGGUCAAUUUGACCACCCAAACAUCAUUCGCCUAGAAGGUGUUGUCACAAAAAGAUCCUUCCCGGCCAUUGGGGUGGAGACGUUUUGUCCCAGCUUCCUGAGGGCAGGGCUUUUAAAUAGCAUCCAGGCCCCACAUCCAGUGCCAGGGGGAGGAUCUUUGCCCCCCAGGAUUCCUGCUGGCAGACCAGUAAUGAUUGUGGUGGAAUAUAUGGAGAAUGGAUCCCUAGACUCCUUUUUGCGGAAACAUGAUGGCCAUUUCACAGUCAUCCAGUUGGUCGGCAUGCUCCGUGGCAUUGCAUCAGGCAUGAAGUACCUUUCGGAUAUGGGUUAUGUUCAUCGAGAUCUAGCAGCUAGGAAUAUAUUGGUGAACAGCAAUUUAGUAUGCAAAGUUUCUGAUUUUGGUCUCUCUCGAGUACUGGAAGAUGAUCCAGAAGCUGCUUAUACGACAACUGGUGGGAAAAUCCCCAUAAGAUGGACAGCUCCAGAGGCUAUCGCCUACAGAAAAUUUUCCUCAGCCAGUGACGCAUGGAGCUACGGCAUUGUCAUGUGGGAGGUCAUGUCCUACGGAGAGAGACCUUACUGGGAAAUGUCUAACCAAGAUGUCAUUCUGUCAAUUGAAGAAGGUUACAGACUUCCAGCCCCCAUGGGCUGCCCAGCGUCUCUACACCAACUGAUGCUCCACUGCUGGCAGAAGGAGAGAAAUCACAGACCAAAAUUUACUGACAUUGUCAGCUUCCUUGACAAACUGAUCCGCAAUCCCAGUGCCCUUCACACCCUGGUAGAGGAUAUCCUUGUAAUGCCAGAGUCCCCUGGUGAAGUUUCUGAAUAUCCUUUGUUUGUCACAGUUGGUGACUGGCUGGAUUCUAUAAAGAUGGGACAAUAUAAGAAUAAUUUCAUGGCAGCAGGGUUUACAACUUUUGACUUGAUUUCGAGAAUGAGCAUUGAUGACAUUAGGAGAAUUGGAGUCAUACUCAUUGGACACCAGAGACGAAUAGUCAGCAGCAUACAGACUUUACGUUUACAUAUGAUGCACAUACAGGAGAAAGGAUUUCAUGUAUGAAAGUACUAUAAACACCUGUGUCUUGUGCCUCAGCAUUUCUAAAAUGAAAGAUAUCCUCUCUAAUGCCCUCUCUUCUGACUCUCCAAAUGUUCUUUCACAAACCAGUCACUUAUUCAGACUAUGCCGCACACCUUAUGUUUAUGCUUCCAACCUGGAUUUUAAAACCAUGCUGCUACACAAAUCGUCUCUGAAUAGCCUGCAAAUAAAACCCUGGUCCACUGCAAAUUAUUACUACACAAUUAUAAAUAACUCAGCAUGGAUGUGUAACUUUGUAUAGAAGUAUUUGGGAAGUGUUCAUGGACUUAACCUAAAGAAAUUUGUCCAGAUAUGGCAUCCUUAAUGAUGUAUGUAAAGCUUGAUGGUAAAUGAGAUAGAAAUAGUUGGACCUUCAUGUUUUGUGAUCAAGUAGUUGCCAAACUGACAUUAAUAUUAUUUUUAGAUAGUUUUAUUCAACUCUAUCUGUUGUAUUGUUGCUUUAUUUUCAUGCUUUGUCUAUUGGUCCCUGAUGUUAGAAUGACUUGCAGAAAUGACCAAGGAUUCCAUGUAAAUGCAUUCUUGUCGGGUGGGACUCUGGUGAGAAGGGGGUUAAUGGGGAGGGUGAGGGAGAAAAUACUGUGAUUUUAAAUCUUCUAAGGCUGGGUUUGUCUACUUUUAAAUGAACCUUAUAAUGUCCUACACAUUUCAUAGUAGAUGGUACUUUAGAGGCUUUCUCUUUAGAUUUUUUUUUUUACUAACUAUUGUGUAUUUAUUUCUCUACUAUGUUAUGAAACCCACCCUUUGAAAGACCAAGAGUGUGUCCACUACUCUAAAGGUUUUCAUAGAAUGAAGCAUGGAAUAAACCCAUUAUUGUUCCUUUGAUCCAUUUUCACAACUUUACAAAAGUAAUUAUCAAACUUAGAAAAUUAGUUGAUCUUGUAGUAUUGCUUUGAAUAAAACAUCUAAGUUUGUAGCCUUAGAUUUAGGGUGAAAUGAUUCAUUAAUUUAACAGGAUUUUAUGAUAGCUGUAUAGUAGCCCAAGAAAAUAAACACAUCUGUCUGAUAUCAGUAUACUUUUCAAGUUUAAGAAUUCUUAUGUUUUGAUGCAAAAAUAAGUUACAUGAACAUGCUGAGCUUUUAGAAUGUUUCCAAACCUUCUAAGAAAUAAAUAUGAAUACUCCAAACAGGAUAUAAACAGAUCUUAUACUUGAGCAUGUGUAUGUGUGCACACUCACGUGUGUGUUAACCUGGCUCCAUAAUACAGUUGCAUAAAAAAUGUGAGCACAGCUAUGUUGUUGUCAUAAUCUUCUCAGAGGCUUACAACAAAAAAGCAACUAUAUUUUUCAGUGAAUUAUGCUCAGUCAGCUUGUCAAAAUAGUGCUGUCUUAGGAACAAAAUCAUUUUUAAGGUCAGCUGCUCCUUAUGAAAAUACAAAAUCAUUGACUACCACGGUAGGUGGAAAACAUAAAGAGAAUGUGUUAAGGGAGACAAAAAUGCAGUGCAAGUUUUCUACAGAUGAUAAUUUAAUCACUUAUCUUGCAUUUAGUAUCAGAGACAAAGGUGCCCUAUCCACAUUCUUAAAUUUCUACCUAAAUUAUACUUUUUAGUGAAAAUAGUGUUCUUUGUAUUUAAUGGCCCUUAUUUUCUUUAUUUUCCUUAUUUUGAGAUAUUGAUGAUUGUCCAUUUUACUAGGCCCUUCCACAUAUUUUUGCUUGCUGAUUUAUCUAAUUUUUUCUUCCGCUACUUAAUUUUCUUGUUUAAAAAAUGAAUAUAAUUAGAAAGAUAUUUUUGGAGUAUUUCCUACAUAUACUAUAAAAAGAAAAAGUGAGGCAUCAUUCAUUUUUUUAAGUAAGCAUGUCAGAAAUAGCUAGCAACAUUUUUGUAGCCAUCAACUGGCAUGGUCAUGCACCACUCAUAGACUGUAUGCAGUUUGCUUGAUUGUAUUUGCCUAACUCUGGAUACAUUUUAAGUAAAUAUAAAAUUUCCAUAUUUAUCUGUCUUUAAAUAUAU